AUGUCCUUCCUAGGCCUUGGCCGUCCGCAGCCCACCUCCGCCGAGAAGAUCGCAGCGGUCGAGAACGAGCUCAAGGUGAUUGCCGAGAUGCACACACGGAUGCUCAAAGUUUGCAGCGCCAAGUGCGUGGACAAGUCGUACCGCGAGGCCGAGCUCUCCAAGGGCGAGGCGGUGUGCCUGGACCGGUGCUCGGCUAAGUUCUUCGAGGCGCACACGACCAUCUCGGAGCAGCUGCAGAAGGAGGGCGCGGCGCGCGGAUUCGGGCAGUAA